AUGAAUCCCAAUCCCACCCUCCGCGCCACAUUCAUGGGCGUCACCACCAUCGCCCUCAACGACGGUACCGACUCCAUCCUCAUAGACGGCUUCUUCACCCGCCCAUCAUACAUCCCCGUCCUCCUCGGCAGAGUCACAUCCAACGAAGCCCUCAUAACAACAUGCCUCCAAAAAGCCCAAAUCGACAAAAACCUCCGCGCCGUCUUCGUCGCCCACUCCCACUACGACCACGCCCUUGACUCCCCCAGCAUAUGCCACCAAACCGGCGCAAAACUCAUCGGCUCAACGUCCACGCAAAUGAUCGCCCUGGGCCGCGACCUACCCUCCGACCAAAUUCUAGUAGUAGACACGGACCCCCAGGCAUUCACAUUCGGCUCCUUCCGCAUCACAGUCAUAGAGGGCAUUCACUCCCCUGGGGAUCGGUACCCGGGGGAAAUCACGAAACCGGUACGCCUACCGUGCUCUGUAUCUGAGUUUCGCACCGGAAAAUGCUACACGUAUUUAGUUGAGCAUGGUGACCAAAAAAUCUACAUUCAUCCUAGUGCGAAUUUUGAGCCCGGCAAGCUGAAGAAGUUGGGUGUGUCUGCGUCGACGGUGUUUUUGGGCAUAGGCGUGCUGGGGAGGCAGACGGAUGAGUUUAGGGAUGGGUAUUGGGAGCAUGUGGUGGAGGUGUUGGGGCCGAGGGUGAUUAUUCCGAUACAUUGGGAUAAUUUUUGGGUUUCGCUGGAUUGGCCGUUGAAGGCGCUGCCUUGGGUUUUUGAUAAUGUUUCGGUGAGUGAGAGGUUUUUGAGGGAGAGGUGUGAGGGGAGGGGGAUUGAGGUGGUGAGGCCGGAGGGUUGGGAGGUCUUUGAGCUGGAUGAGGGGGGUAUACGGAAGUGA